AUGGGCCCAAGGAGAUCACAUCGCAAGUCGCGCAAUGGUUGUCCACAGUGUAAGGCACGAAGAAUAAAGUGCGAUGAACAAUGUCCAUGUACGAACUGUACCAAACAUGCUAUUCACUGCUCCUAUGUUGACAGUGGUAUGUCGAAUUCGACUCACACGCGAUACACUCAGUCAGAGUCAUUGGAACCGUCUUAUGUGCCUUCAACAUUGAAUGUAGAGUAUUACCCGGCGACUCCCGCUGGGAACUUCGACGUUCACAAUGUCCGUGGUGUCUGUGGUGUCCGCGAGGACCGAAGAAAGGAUGAUCCUCUAGAUUGCCGUUGA